CUUUGGAAGCAAUCCGAAAUGGUACUAAGUCUAUUAGAAGUGCGUCUAAAGCAUUCAAAGUUCCUAGAGCAACAUUGAAAGAUAAGCUUUCCUGCAAAUCCCCAGAGGAAAGAUGGGCUGGAGGGAAAACUUAUUUUACGAAAGAAGAGGAAGAUGAUAUUGUGAAGUGGGUUUUGAACUGUGCUGAAGCAGGGCAACCAGUUACCAAAAACCAUCUACUCGAGACCGCAGAAAUGCUUUGCAACGCAGCAAAAAAAGAAACGCCAUUCAAAAAUAACAGACCUGGAAGAACUUGGUACAGGUCCUUCAUGCGAAGGCACCCUAUUCUGUCUGAGAGGAUUUCCCAAAAUCUAUCUACUGCGAGAGCAGAAAUCACGAAGGAAGAUAUCAGGAUGUGGUUUUCGAAGGUGGAAGAUUUUCUCAUUAAAAAGGAUUUAAUUAAUAUAGAUCCAUCGCGGAUUUUCAACUGUGAUGAAACUGCCAUGGCCCUAUGCCCUAAAGGCGGAAAUGUAUUGGCAGAAGUUUCCCCAAAUGAUGCCAUGACUGAAGAGACUGUAGAGGAAAUUAUCACGAGUGAUAUUGAAAAUGAUUUUCUUCAAAAUGAGAGCCCUGAGCUUGCAUCAUCAACGAAUGCUUCCGAUAUGUUCUCGGUACGUUCCAUUGAAGAGGAUUUGCCACCAAAAAUACUGGAGCAGUUCCUGUCAGACGAGAACUAUGGUGUUUUCAGGGGGCCAAUCGAGUAAGUAUCAGGAACUAUUCCGUUUGUGGAAAAAAAUUAAAAAACCUGAACCUUCACAGAAUGCUGCGAUCUUAUCGCCUUCACCAACUUCGUCCAAUUCCGUGGAUUUUCCAAUUUUCUCGCAUUCACCAGCUCAGCCAGCUCAGUCCACACCCUCCACUCCAUUAGCCGGAUAUCUUGAAUGGCCGAAGAAAAAAAUUGUUGACAGGAAAAAAUGUAAGAGAGCUGAAGGACCACUAUCCCUAACAAACGGAGAGUGAAUUGAAAAAGAAAAGCAAAAAAUAAGAGAAAGGGAGGAAAAAGAGAGAGAGAAGGAGGCGAAGAAAAUGGAGCGGCUCCGUAAAAGAGCAAUAAAAGAAGAAGAAAAUCAAAAAUGCUCAAAACGACUGAAAAAAUUAAAAGGUGCUAAAUAAAAGAAUAAAAAGAUUUUUUCCCUUACAAGUUUUUGUUUUCUUAAAAUUACUAUUCUUUAAAGGUUUUCUUUCUUUCUUUCUCAAUAUCCUUUUCUAGUCCGUAAAAACGUUACGGGCUUUUAAAAUUUGAAAAAUGGGUGGCCGACUAGAGGAACCCCAGGUGGCCGAGUAGAGAAACGCUUAUAUUGAAGUGGCCGAAUUGAGGAACACUC